GGCGCUGCCCGGCCCAGCCCGUCUAGUAAUCUAUUCUCCCCGACGCGUAGAUCUUUCUCUCUGCUCGUGCUCGACCGAUCGAACGAACCCCAGUGUACCAGCCGCACACCGAACCCUAGCCGCCAGCGCAGCGCCAGCUGCCAAUCGCCCGAGGAGGCGACGAGCAGACGAGUCCGGCGACGCCCACCGUGCGCCGCCGCCGGUAACCCUCCCGUCCCUCCUCUGUCCUCUCCAGUGAACUGAAUCGAAUUUGUCGGUCCCAAAAAAAAUCGGUUCCGAGGAUUCUGCUACUAACUGCAACAUUUGGUGCGGUUCUAGGCAGGAUGGCGGAGAAUUCGUCGGCGCCGGCAGGGGCCACCCUUCUCUCCAACCUGACUAUGGCGGAUGAUUCGACUUCGCCGGCGACGACCACUCUGCCCUCCGUCCCCACGACGGGGGAGGAUAAGCCUAAGCCGUCGCCGCCGCAGCUGCAUCUCUUCAACUCGAUGACGAAGAAGAAGGAGCCCUUCGUACCUCGCGUGGAGGGCAAGGUCGGUAUGUACGUCUGCGGAGUCACGCCGUACGACUUCAGCCACAUCGGCCACGCCCGCGCCUACGUCGCCUUCGACGUCCUCUACAGGUAUCUUAAAUUCUUGGGUUAUGAAGUUGAAUACGUGCGCAACUUCACCGACAUCGAUGAUAAGAUUAUUGAUCGGGCAAACAAAGCUGGUGAAACUGUAACUAGCUUGAGCACUCGAUUCAUAAACGAGUUUCUUAUUGACAUGGCUAAGCUGCAGUGCUUACCUCCUACUUGUGAGCCACGUGUGACAGAACACAUUGAACACAUUAUAGACUUGAUUGCCGAGAUAAUCAAGAAUGACAAAGCUUAUGUAGAUGGCGAUGUUUUCUUCUCAAUUGACAGUUUUCCUGAGUAUAACAGUUUAUCUGGUAGGAACUUGGAUGAUAAUCGUCCUGGCUCACGUGUUGCUGUUGAUCCAAGAAAGCGGAACCGUAAUGACUUUGCAUUAUGGAAGGCUGCUAAGGAAGGUGAGCCUUUUUGGGAGAGCCCCUGGGGUCGUGGAAGGCCAGGAUGGCAUAUUGAAUGCAGCGCAAUGAGUGCGCACUACUUAGGACAUGUAUUUGAUAUCCAUGGUGGAGGGAAAGAUUUAAUUUUUCCUCAUCAUGAGAAUGAGCUUGCACAAAGCCGAGCUGCUUAUCCAGAUAGCGAGGUCAAAUGCUGGAUGCAUAAUGGCUUUGUUAACAAGGAUGAUGAGAAAAUGUCAAAAUCGCUUAAUAACUUCUUCUCGAUCAGAGAGAUUAUUACUCUGUACCAUCCUUUGGCCUUAAGAUUUUUCCUGAUGCGCACACAUUAUAAAUCUGAUGUGAAUCACUCUGAUAAAGCACUUGAGAUUGCAUCUGAUCGUGUAUAUUACAUUUAUCAGACUUUACAUGACUGUGAUGAAGUGUUGUCUUUAUAUCGUGAAGAGAAUAUAUCUGUUCCGGUCCCAGAUGAGGAGCAAAAACUGGUUGACGAACACCAUACAGCGUUUUUGGAUUCUAUGUCAGACGAUCUUAGAACUACAGAUGUUCUGGAUGGCUUCAUGGGCCUGUUGAAGGCAAUAAACAGCAAUUUGAAUGAUUUUAAGAAGCUGCAGCAAAAACUGGAACAACAGAAGAAGAAGCAACAACAGAAAAAGCAGCAGCAGAAGCAACAGCGGCCACAGAAACAGCCAGAAGAUCAUAUUCAAGCUCUGAUUUCUCUGGAGGCAGAAAUUAAAAAUAAACUAUCUAUCCUCGGUCUGAUGCCACCUUCAUCUUUGGUAGAGGUACUGAAGGAAUUGAAAGAAAAGGCAUUGAAGCGGGCAGGGUUGACCGAAGAAACAUUGCGUGAGCAGAUUGAGCAGAGAGUUGCUGCAAGGAACAACAAGCAGUUUGAUGUGUCUGACCAAAUCAGGAAGCAGCUUGCCAGUAAAGGCAUUGCCCUGAUGGAUGAACCUACUGGCACGGUGUGGAGACCAUGCGAACGAGAGUAGUCUGUGUAGCCGCGAUUAAUUCGUGCUUGGUCUAACAAAUGAUAGUGUUACAAUGAAUCAUCUGCCCAUCUAUUGCAUUGGUGUAGAUUGACACAUAGCACCGCUUUUGGAUGUGUUUACUAUAGGGGUUCGAAGCCCACUCACCAGAUGACACUUGUGUACCUGGCUGUGUUAGGAACAGAAGGCCCCAUUGACUGGUAUACUUAAGUACUGCGUGUUGAAUUCCUGGUUUGGAUUUGCACCUUAAAGUUCCAUAUAUAGUUGCAUUCGAAUGAAUAAAAUUAUGCGUUCGUGUUA